UCAACAAUUGAAAACCCAUCACUGAAAACAAAACAGAUUAGAUGAAACUAUUUUGAUACUCGUCCUGACUAAUCACCAAAAGUGGGUUGAAUUUCAUCUCUCAUGUUAAAUAUCCUUUGAUUUAUCUAAACGAUGUGCUAGACUAGUUCAGGACACGCAUACGCUCCAUAUUCAUCGCCCUGAGGGAAUACUCCAAACUCUAAUCCAAUUGUCCGUUUGUAUUUGCGCCGUAGCAAACGUGUUCAGCAUGGUUCUGCGGUUGACAAGAAAAAGAAGCCAUUUUCCCCGGUCAUUUCUUUUCAUCUCACAAAAAAGGUAACGGGUGUGUUCAAGUGAACCUCACCAGAAAAAAAAGGUUUAUUAUAGUUUGGAAAGUAAGCACGUGCCAAUGUUUUUCUUGGUACGCAUUGCUGUAAAUAGUUUAGCCAACCUUCACUCACACGCAGCGUGCAUGUGCGAUGAUGAAGAAAGAAGCUUGUUGAAUUUAUCAUAAAGCGGAUAGAUCAUCGUCCAAUCGUUAUGAGUAAUUCCUUUCUCGGCAAAGGGAGCUUCUGUAAUGGUGAUGGUAAAUAAUAAAUUUCGUAGAAGUAAUUAACUUUAAUCUUCAUUGUCAUAAGAGCAAAUUAUAUCUCUAUCCGAUGGACGGACUGGGUUUGAAAAGACAGAAUCGUUAUCCAGCCUAGGGGGAUGAGCCUGGGCUUACCCUUGACCUAAUAAAUUAUGGACACUGAUCGAAGCUGUUGAUUAUGCCAGAAUUAUUGGACAAGAAAAUAUAACGGUGGCCGGCUGUGCUUCAAGUCAGGUCCGAUUUCUUCAUCCUUCAUUAGCAUAUCUGUAGGCAGUGUUAGGGUUUCUCAAAUCUUUCCUAAGAUGUAAGUUUAAAUUACAACUUCUGUUAAAUGUAACAGAUGGUCAGAAACCGAAACAGUCCCAUUGGUUACUUAAAGUUUGACCAGUUGAUAGAAAACUUUUUCUAACAGUCUGUCGCACUAUCGCCCCAUACCAAAAUGGAAAGGCUGAAGAAAUAGACUCUUCAAGAAAUUAUACACUCACCCAGAAAAAAGGAAAGCAAACGAAAUCGAAAGAAUUAAUGCAGUUGGAGGAUAGUGUGUAAAGAUUGUUACAAUUUUAGGAAAGAUAGAGACUAAGCUACAGAAUGUUCUUUGCCAAGGAGUUUACGGCACCGUUAACACAAUUACCAUAUCCCAACGGAGCGCAAAACCAACCACACAAACCAUUCCGAUCUCAUUUUAAACUUCUUUAAAGAUAAAUAACGUAGUUGGUGAAAGCUAAAACCCAACCAAAAAAAAAGAAACCAAAACUAACCAUUUCGUUUCGAGCCUAAGAUCGUUAUCCUGUGGACGUUUGUUCCAAAAAAUCGUACACACAGUGUUUCCGCUUUGGUGGAAAAAUUGUUUGUUUUGUCUUCAUCAUCUCUGUUCGCUGAUGAGAAGCAGAGUAUCAGUAUAAUCUCACCAUGGAAUUGUUUCUCCCUCCCUUUAAUCGCUCUCGAACGAACGAUUCUCUAUUCGAUGAGAAAAUUCUCUCACCGCUCAUCGAAGCUCACGAAACCGAUUGCUUGGACCUCGACUAACAGUCGCACGGUCGAAAGCUCUCAGAUUUGUAGCGGUUUGCGUCGAGGAACGUUGUCCGUCGAGCCGUGUGCCGGUUACCGUGGCGAAGGUUUGCUUUACUAACCGGUGUUUGUGUUGUAUGAAACGGUGUACAAAAAGGGUAGAAGCCGGUGCAUCGUCCGGCAAAGUGCAAAGGUGCCAUUUGGAAUUGAAUAGAAUAUUAUGUAAAAUCCGUUGAUCCGUUUACGACAAGCGCAAGUGGAAUACAUAGGUUUAGAGAUUAGAAACACGUGGUCAUGGAAGAGCAAGUGGAAAUCUUUUAGUUGUAAAACAAAAAGAAAAUUCAAAAACUGGGAAAACUUUCACGAUCCGGUUAAGAGAGCCGUGGAACAAACAACGCAAAAGGAAUUCAAUCACCAUCCGGAUCAGUGGAUCGAACGCAGUUUUCCGGGGAUCAAUGGAUCGGACCAAUCAACCAAACAACCCCUAAAAGGAAAGGAAACAACAACCCGAACGGACCCGAAGUGGCACGUGUAUGCGUGUGUGUGUGAUCUUGUGGACCGAAUUUCCAAAGCGACAACGCUACACGCGGAUUGUUUUCCCUUUCCCCGAGGUUUGGAAGCAAUUUCUCCGCAUUGAACGAGCAUAAUUAUGUACGCCGGAAUGGGAGGGACGGAUGGGUAAUAAAAUGUUUCACAUUAUGACACGCGGUACCACCAUCGUCGUGACCCGGGCAAGUGGACGUGUGCGUUUGACUAAUGAAACAUAAAUUUUCCGCACAAAACGAGCCCUUUUUUGGGGACCUACCUCCCCCGUCCCCCCUCCUCGCGUGUGUGUACUAUUGUUAACAAUUUUCAUUACGUCGGAAUUGUGCGUACGUGUGUAUGUAUGCGUGUGUGUGUGUAGUGAUUCGGUAAAAGGUGCGUGACGGAAAAGUCUUCCCAGUUUGUGUCAUCGUUCUGAGUUUUAUUCCACCAACGCAAGGUGUAGUUGGGUUUUAUCAUAAAAUGACCAUCGAAUGUGUUGUGGUGUGUGAAUCGCGCUUGUCAAUGUUACCCCAAUCCGGAGUAGUGGUGUUAUAAAAAAAUAAUCAUAACGAAGCAUACCAAACCAUUUCAAGCCAAAAAAAAAGGCUCACCAGUCGCGUUAAUCCGGUGUCGAUAAUCUGUACUGCUGCAGACGUGGACAAGUGGUUCAUUACAGCCGCACGUCAAACAGGAUAAACGAAGCGGCACAAUAAAAUGGACCAAGCGGACGGAAAGUAAAAAGGCGGCCGUCAACAUCUUUUCGGCGAAAGGCGAAAGUUUCAACGCUCACGGUGCGGAACUGGAUGGAAAAGUUUUCGCGUUAAGAAAAGAAUACAACCAAAAAAAACCACGCGGUACACAGUGAGAAAAACAGAUCCAAGGCCAUCCGGGAAAGCGAAAGAUUUUACCGCCCCGGAAGGAAGGAAGGCGAAGGCAGGGAGCGAGGCAAGAACAAUAGUGUGAUAGGAGGGCAUCGGGGAGACACCCGGGAGACCGAACCACAGCCAACGACGCGCACACCAUGGACGGUAGAAACCGACGGCGUCAAUUUGGCGGCCCAUGCUACUGUCUCCGGCCACUGAUACGGCUCUGGGGCGUCGUGACAGCGAUUGUGGUCAGUGGCGUCGGGAUAGACAUAAUGGUUCACGGUUACACUGCAGGUGUUUAUAUUAUUGUUGCCUCCGUAGUUAUAUUCUUACUGGAAAUCAAAUGGCUCUUCACACUGUUCAUAGUGCUGUGUACAAACAAUGACUACACGUCCAGGUGCUAUCAGUGCUGGAGCGUAUGCCGGUACUGUGGCGGUUGGCAUCUGACCUUUCCGUACGUGGCCUUAGGUAUAGCGCUCAUCGUGUGGCCCCAUCGGCUGUGGUUAAGCCACGUGGCAGGAGGGCUUUUGAUAGGACUGGCCAUGCUGCGGUUACUAACGGUGUGCAAGUUCCGACCGCACGGCAAGGAUGAUGAGCUGCUGAACCACUUUGAUGAGCACGCUGACAAGUACGACAACUUAUCGGAUGUUUUGGUGGAUAAUUCAAUGCCUGAACCGGGCCAUAGUUUGGAGGGUACGGGCAAUGACAAUCGCAACGACAACGAAGACGAUGAGGAGGAUGAUGAUUUGGCACUGAACGGUGGUGGCAUGUGACCGGAUGGGCCAAUGCGCCCCAAAUCGAAAGUGACCAUCAAAAAGUGUAUGAAUCAAAAUUACGAAAAGUUGGAUAACGAAUGUGAUUGCGAUGUAAUCAAAUAGGACACAACGGCACUGUAGGCAAUGGAGCUUAUGUGUUUUGUAAAUAAAGUUAGUCAGUACAGUGACAGCAGAUGCUUGCAAAUAUAAAGGAAAAACGUACAUCAUUGCCGGGACUUCGGAGUCACGGGUCCGGUACGCGCAAGACCGGGAUUUUGUCGCUCGAAUACUGGCGUUCAAUAGCGACUGGGAAGUUAUCCUUGAGCUGGUAUCAUUCAAAUAAAUAUUCAAAUUAUUUAUCA